UGCUGCUCCUCCUCUGUGGCUGCUGCAGCAGCGGAAGCCAGAGCAUAAGAAGCAGCAGUUGCUGCUGCUGCUGCAGCAGCACCAGCAGCAACCACUUGAGCCUACUCUGCAAGCAGCAGGCCUUAUUUGCUGGCCUUUACAGCAGCGGCAAGAAGCAGCAGCUGGUGUUGCUGCUGCUGCUGCUGCUGUUGCAGCAGCAGCUGCUGUUGAUGAUGAUGCUCCUGGUGCUCUUGCAGCGCUCCUCGCAGCAGCAGCAGGCCGAUUUUUCUCUCCUCUUGCUGUUUUACAUUGGCUGGUUGCAGCAACACAGAGCGGCAGCAGCGGCAGCAGCAGCAGCAGCAACUGCUGCUGCUGCUGCAGCUCCUGCGUCUCUGACGAGCCUACGGACCUUGAUUGUCUCCUAGUCGACCUUUGCAGCAACAGCAUCAGCAGCAGCAGCAUCAGCAGCAGCAGCAGCAUCAGCAGCAACAGCAGCAGCAGCAACAGCAGCAGCAGCAGCAAGAGUAAGAUCCUCCGUCUUUCUCCUGCAGCACUCAGCCUUUUGUGUCUCUACUCUUCGCAGCUGCUGCAGCGGCUACAAUUCUUCCCGCUGCAGCAGCAGCAGCUGCUGCUGCAUGUUGCUGCAGCAGCAACCCAGCUGCUUGUACACCGCAGUGUCAGCAGUAGAAGACCUGUUGAGCUGAGGCCGGUGCAGCAUGCGCGCUGCUGCCUUGCUGCUUCCCCUAGCAGCAGCAACAGCAGCAGCAGCAGCAACAACAGCAGCAGCAGCAACACCAGCACUAACAACGACAGUUUGCUACUGCAUCCCCGCCUCUGCAGCUCGGAGUGCAGCACCCAGCGCAAUCCAAGCAGCAGCAGCAGCAGCAGCAGCAGCAACAGCAGCAGCAGCGGCAGUGUUGUGCGUGCUCGCGCUUCACCCAUAGAUCUGAUUAGCUCUUCUCUGUCUCUGAUGCAUUUGAAGCACUGUCUCCUUUCAGCAGCAGCAGCAGCAGCAACACCAACAACACACAAGCAGCAAUCCCCUACCAACACAGUGACACCAGCAGCAGCAGAAGCAGCAGCAGCAGCAGCAGCAACAGCUGCAGCAGCUCAGCAGCUAGCGGCAUUUGCAGGUGGGCCCCCGUGGCUGUGGCUGCUGCUGCUGGGGGCCUUGGAGAUGCAAUACACCGCAGCGCUGCUUCAUUUGCUGCAGCAGCACUUGCUGCCGCCGCUGCUGAAGCGACUGCAGCAGCAGCAGCAGCAGCAGCAGCAGCAGCCGCAGGUAGAACAGCAGCAGCAAGAGCAGCAGCUGCAGCAAGUGCUGCUGCAGUGUGCUGCAGCUCUUGCUGCUGGCCUUGCAAGAUGUACACUCGAAGAUGUCCCUCCAUCAGCAGCAGCAGCAGAAACAGCAGCAGCAGCAGUAGAAAUCUCAGCGACAGCAGCAGCAGCAGAUCCUGCAGAUGAAGUUCUCUGGCCUUGCUGCGACAUCAGCAGCAGCAGCAACAACAACAGCAGCAGCAACAGCAGCAGCAAAAGGAUGCAGAGGCAGCAGCUUGUUGCUGCUGCUGUUGACUGCUUGAUGCAGUGCUGCAGCUGCUUGCGUUUGCUUCCACAAUCAUGCGACCGGCGGCCCCCGGAGCAGCAGCUGCUGCUGCUGCUGGUAGAAGCAGCAGCAGCACCUCAGGUGCGCAGCAGCACAUUGAAAGAGAGACGAAAGCAUCGCGUUGCUGCUGCUAGGAGACAGCUGCUGCUGCAGCAAGACUUGCUGCUGCAGAGAGAGCUGCAGCACGACAUACUAAGGCACCACCACGCGCUGCUGCAGAGGCAGCAGCAGCUGCUGGAGCAGCAACAGUAUAUUCUGCAGCAGCAGGAGGAGGAGCAGCAGCAAGGCUUAGUUCUGCAGCAGCAGCAGCAGCAGCAGCAGCAGCAACUGGAGGCUGACGACACCACUGCUGGGAGCCCCCCUUCGCACGAAGGGCCCCUUCCUCUUAGCCCCCAGCAGCAAACUGCAGCAGCAACAGCAGCAGCAGCAGCAGAAGCAGAAGCACCAGCAGCAGCAACGGCCUCACCUCUGGUGGGGCCCUAUGGCAGCAGCAACAAUCGGAUUCCCUUGCUGCUGCAGCUGCUGCAGCAAGAAGCAGCACCAGCAUCAUCAGACAGUGAAGACUUGAGCCCCCUAUCAGUGCCUGAUUGCUGCAUGCAGCAGCAGCAGCAGCGGCAGCAGCAGCAGCAGCAGCAGCAGCAAGGGGGAGCAGCCACAGCAGCGCUCUCCUGCUGCGACGACAGUAACUGCUGCUGCAGCGCAAACGAAUUUGCUGCCGCCCCGUAUUUUGCUGACAGCAGCAGUGGCAGCAGCAGCAGCAAGUGCAGCAGCUGCUGUUGUUGCUGCUGCUGCAUCGCGCUGCAGCCAUCAGCCUGCCGUGGGGCCCUUAACGACACAAUUUUGUGUUUUGCUGCUGCGCUGCAGCAGCAGGGGGCCCCCCUCCCACCAUGCGUGCUGCGGCACUUGCGCCUUGCUGCUGCUGCUGCUGCUGCAGCAGAUGCUGCAGCAGCAGCAGCUAGUUCCGCGAGAAAGGAAGCUCAGCUGCAGCAGCAAGAGGCUUCCAGCGGCAUUUCUCCCUUGAUCUACAAGCAGACACUAGAAGUGCAGCAGCAAAUGAGCAGCAGCAGCAGCAACAGCAGCAGCAGCAGCAGCAGCAACAGCAGCAGCAGGGUAUUAGUUGGCGCCUUCGUUCCUGUGGAUGAAGCAUCGGGCUCUGCAAUGGCGUCGACCGCAGCAGCAGCAGCUGCAGCAACAGCAACAGCUGCAGCAGCAGCAGCAGCAGCAGCAGCAAAAGGGGUGGAUCUGCAGUGUGCUGCUACUCUCGCAGCACUGCAGCGAAUUCGGAACAAAUGGGUAGCAGCAGAUCCACCAAAUGCAGCAGCAAACAAAUGA